AUGGCACCCUGUUCUACGAAAUCUAAUUUAACAUUAGGGCUGCGGCUAAGGAUCGACGUUCGACGAGAAGCGGGCAAUUUGUGCCCACAUGGACGAAAGCGAAAGCCGGGUGCCCUUCGACGGCGGCUCUGCGUCGACCGCCGAAGAUCUACUUCCUGCGCAUCAGCUGUGCGCGCGCCUCGCCCGCGCCACGUCGGCGAGUCGUCAGGCGCCCGUCGCGCGGCACUUGCACGCGAGUAUCGCGCACACGAUCCUGCGCAGGAGCGUCGCCGGCUUGGCGUAGUCCCAGCGCGUGGGCGGGUCGUUGUAGGUGCGCGGUGCGGUCGUGUCGAGGAUGUGCUGGAGGUCUCUGGCCGGUGUGCGUGA